ACGCUGCGGUUACGGCGUCUGAUUUCGGUUUGAGUGUCUCAUCUCAGCUGAAAAGAGAAGUCCCAGAUGUCUCUGUUGUCUUACGUAAGAAGACAAAUGUCAGUGUUGGUAGAGAAACCAACUCUAUGAAAUAUUUUUCAGCCUUCAGAAUAAUAACACGUUGACAUAUUUGCUGUAAAAGGUUUUCAAAGUUAUUCUCAAGUUAAAACAAAUAAAGUUCUGCGAGUUGGAGACCACACUAGACCUUGAGUAAAAGGUAGAUGUAAUUGAGCGCAAUCCUGAGGAGCUUCUGGAAGAUCUAUGUCUUUGCAGAUAGAACAGCUGAUGUGGGUGUCAGGAUGUUAUCUGGCGAUCUGAAGAAUUCCCAAAUCAUGCAACUUCAACUUUCUCAAGGUCCAGCAGUGAGGUUAACGAACAUGACGCUCCUUGCGGACUGCGCAGUGGCGCAGUGGUUAGAGCUGUUGCCUUGCAGCGAGAAGGUCCUGGGUUUGCUUCCCGGCCUGGGAUCUUUCUGCAUGGAGUUUGCAUGUUCUCCCUGUGCAUGUGUGGGUUCUCUCCGGGUACUCCGGCUUCCUCCCACAGUCCAAAAACAUGACUGUUAGGUUAACUGGCCUGUCUAAAUUGUCCUUAGGUGUGUGUGUGUGCAUGAUUGUUUGUCCUGUGUGUUUCUGUGUUGCCCUGCGAUGGACUGGCUCUCUGUCCAGGGUGUACCCCCGCCUGAUUGCCCAUUGACUGCUGGAGAUGGGCACCAGCCCCCCACCCCCCGCGACCCCACGUGGACAAAGUGGGUUCAGAAGAUGGAUGGAUGGAUCCUUGCUGGUCACCUUUUAACUUGUUGUCUUGAACCUUCUGAAACACCUCGUGUGUGAACAGCUGCACGUCUUAAAGGAGGCUUUAGGUCAUUUAUCUUUUUUAAAUGUAUUUCUGUGUAACAAGGAUGAAUAUUUAAAAUUUACCCCCCGUAAAGCUUCCUGAACAACCUCAGUUUGGAGAAAUAGUUUACAUAGUACAGGACUGAUAAGCUAACGGCUCGUCUGAUUUCGUCCAAAACCAAACUGGAUUUUUCCACAUCCAAUACAUUUUCUUGUUAGCCUGGCAAGCCAGACUAGAUAAAUGUAUUAUUUAGUUUGGCAACGCUCCAUUGACGGCUCUCGGUUGUGGGGCGGGUUCUACCGUUGUCUUUCAAAUGAUCUCCGCAUGCUACUGGACAAUGAAUGUGACAUACUCACUGCCACAGCCAUCGGUAAAUGAGGCGGUCCGCAGUUGAAGGAGAAAACACGUAAUUUUUUCUUUAAAAAAAGCACUUAAAUACAUUUAUGUGCCCCUGAUUCUAAUGAAGCCCAAGUUCUAAUAGUCCAAAAUUGAUGUGAAAGCCGUUUCAAACGAGCUGUCACCAUCUUGUUUCACUCUGUUGCAUCAUCCCACCCACCAGGCAUAUAGAGUGCCCUGAUUGGCCCACAAAGCGGAUAAAGCUCUGUGAUUUGUUCACUGAGCAGAUAGAGCACUAUGAUUGGCCCACCAUUAUGGACCAAUCACAGCUCUUUGUGUGUUUGAAACCCCUCUAGAGAGCUGUGAUUGGCCAGCCAGAAUGCUGUUAGGGGCUGCAGAGGUUCUAGUGGAGCGUUCCUAGACCAAACUUUGCAAAGCAAGAACUUGGUCUAGUUCACUAGGCUGUGUUCUUGUCUCAAAACUCCGGUCUUAUCAGUUUCCUAUCUCCAGCGGUCAACGGGCAAUCAGGCGGGGUCCGCCCUGGACAGAGAGCCAGUCCAUCGCAGGGCAACACAGAGACACACAGGACAAACAGUCAUGCACACACACACACACACACACACACACACACACACACACACACACACACACACACACACACACACACACACACACACACACACACACACACACACCUAAGGACAAUUUAGACAGACCAAUCAACCUAACAGUCAUGUUUUUGGACUGUGGGAGGAAGCCGGAGUACCCGGAGAGAACCCACGCAUGCACAGGGAGAACAUGCAAACUCCAUGCAGAAAGAUCCCAGGCCGGGAAGCGAACCCAGGACCUUCUUGCUACAAGGCAACAGCUCUAACCACUGCGCAGCCACCACUUCAUAACAGUUUAAUAAAUAACGAUGAAGUGAAACUGACAGUGCUGUGACUUCAAUUUAAAUCAAGAGGAUGGUCCGGGUUAGAUUUUUUGAAAAAUAAUUCUCAGCACCAUCAUCUCCAGUGGUUCUACUGUCGUCCCCAGACCAGAACCAGCCUUGUUAUCAGGUUGCUCCAUGUAGGUGCAAACCUUAAAGGUCUAGUAUGGAUCAGCGUUGCAUGAACUGCUAUGAAACUUUGGAUGUUGGAACUGUUUUCCACGACGGCAGAACUGUUUGUUUUGGCUGCUUGCAGUCUAGCUGUUAGCUUAUCAGUCCUAUGAUUAGAGUCUAUAAGUAGGGUAAUAAUAUUUAAACUUUUGCACAAAAAACACUCUUUAGAAGAACAUGUUUCUAUUUUAGCAACAACAAAAACUCUAAGAAUCAUCCUUUCAACUUUAAAAUAAUGAACUCGUAAACUAAAACGUCAUCUCAUAAGAUAAAGUCGUUGAGUUGAUGCUAUUGUAAGGCAACAUUUACGGUCAAUAUGGCAACCCAAAGCUUUCAUCACUGAAGUGCCUUGCUCAUGAGCGUGUCUUCACUGGAAAAUGUCCAGUCAGGAUGUUUAUGGGAAUCAAACAAGAAAACAUGAUGAACACCGUGUCUCCUGAGUGACAUGAUGAAGCAAUGAUUCAUGCAGUCACAAUCUGGAUUUGUGAGGAUUUAUUUAGUCAACAACAUUCAGCUCGGCGACAGGUUUCCUCUUAAGGAGCAGGUGAGCUUUUAUUUUAAGUUUUGUUUUGGAUUUUCAGCCCAUCUUGGAUCUUUUCAGCAUCUCCGUAAUCCGUUUCUGCUUCCUGAUUGGUUGACAGAUUCCUGUUAAUGUGAUUGUCAGAGCUCUCGUACAGCUUUGUCUCACUGGGGGGGAAGAAUUAGAGAGUGCUGCGUGUUUCUUUGGCUUGUUAAUCAUUAAUCCUGCUUUAUUAAUGCAGACAGCUGCCAUCAGUGAAGUGUGGAAACCUCUUUUUCAGGCUAACCACAACAAACUCAGCCCUCGGGUUAAAAUGACUCAGCUGUCCUUCUGAAACAUCUCGGCUGCUCUACAGCUUCUAGUCAGGUGUGGUCAGGUAAGGUCAAAGGUGUUACAACGCUGGCGUCAGGAUCCACAGGGGGUUAACGAGUGGGGUCCUCAGAUGAUCUACUAAACAUCCGGUUAGACAAAAAUAAUAAAUACAAAAAUGUGUUUCUAUUGUGUCAUUAUGUUUUUUUAUCAGCUUCAGGACAAUAUAGAUAUCAACAAUUUAUUAUUGUUUGAUUUUUAAUUCAUAUCCAAAUUCCAGAUGCUCCUGUAGAUUGAGCCAGAAAACACUAAAUCUGGUUAAAUCAAAUCACCUGAAUGUUACAAAAGUGUGUGUGGUGCAACAGGAAUCUGCAAUCCCUCAGGGAAUCCCCCCCACCCCCCAUAUGCCGAUAGUGGCUGUGUGUGUGCAUGUGUGUGCGCUCAUGUUUGUGCUCUAAAAUAAACAACAACGUCAAACACGAAGAGUCCUGUGAUGCCAGAGAGUAACGAAGAAAGAAAUUCUUCUUAAUCCUGUGCAGUCUGUGAGUUUGUGUGUGUGUGUGUGUGUGUGUGUGUGUGUGUGUGUGUGUGUGUGUGUGUACAUUGAGGAGUCAGCAGACUUGAGUGGUGAGCUGAGCAGUACACUGCGUUACAUUGAGAAACCUGAGAAAUUUCCAUCUCAUGAGGGGAAACAUUGAAAAGGAGCUCAGAUUCCCUGUGAGCCGCUAGGAGACCUCAUACUUCCUGCUGCUGUUGAGGCCACCAGCAUCCCAUCAGACCCAGAACAUAUCCACGACUUCAACAGGUCACCAACCUCCAUCAUGGCCUGUGCUGCAUUGGUGCUUGCUCUGCUCUUCAUUGGGAGUGUUUCUGGACUACCUCCUCUACCUCCUCUACCUAUGAAAGAUGGCUGUUACCAGGUAUCUCCGGAGGUGGAUGUCUUCAGGGUUGAGGGCGAGGCUGUAAUCCUCUACUUUCCAAUGUUCAUGAGAGUACUUAAAGUACGCAAAAUCAUCCCACCGACGGCAAAGUACGUCAUCAGCAGGUCCAACGGGACAGAGAGAGUGGCAUACAAGAGCGAGGGGCGUGUCCAGCAGCACGAUAAACAGCUGUGGUUCCUCCCGGCUCAGGCCUCAGACUCAGGAGAAUACACCUGCACAUACAGAAAUGACACCUACUGUGUGACUGGGAGCAUCACGUUACACGUGUUUGAGUCCGAUUCGGUCAGCAUAGAGAAACUGUCCUACCCAUGGCCAGCCACAGAGGGGGAGAACGUGGAGUUCACCUGUCCAUCCCUGAGCCGCUUCAACAAGACCGACUGGCUGAUAGAGUGGUACAAGGACUCCAGCUCCUCUCCUCUUGAGCCCAGGACAGGAACGCUGACGAUCCCUGCUGUGAGGAAAUCCCACUCAGGCGUCUACACCUGCAGACUCACGGUGCUCAUCAACAAGCAGCCGUACAAAGUCAGCAGAGCCUUUACGCUCCAUGUGCAAGGGUCAAACCCUGCUAUUACCACCACUGUGCCUAAGGUCUCCACAUCAGCUCCAGAUUCUCACAGCACUCCUAAUGUUGGGCCACCUGUGAUUGUCUCACCAGUCAAUGGAACCAUUUUUGAGAGUCCACACGGCUCAGGACUGGAAUUGCACUGUCAGGUUGUCAUUGGAUGUGAAGAGGCAGAUUCAACGGUGGUCUCUUGGCUAAUAAACGGCCAAUCGGUGGAGUCAUCCUACCUGGACAAGAGGGCUCUGCAGGGAGGGAGAAGGGUAACCAGGUUGACUACAGCCUGCCAGGUUGAGAUGAGACUCAUCAUCUCUUUAGUUACAGAGGAAGAUGAGAAGACAGAGAUGAAGUGCAUCACUCAAAGCACAGGAGGGAGACAAGAAAUUGUUACGAUGCUUCAACUAGAAGAUUCCAGCUCUACAUGGCUAAUUGUUGCCAUGGUGACCACAUCCUGCUUCCUGACUGUGGUCUCUAUCUUCCUCUAUGCCCUCUUCAAACCUAAAAGGAAAAACAAGAUGGAUUACUUCCUUGCUCGUCAGAACAGCACCUUCUCGGUCUAGCUUUUUAUUUUACACACUCCUUAAAACAAAAGAGCUACUUUAAAGUGACAUUGUGUAGUUUUCCUGGCGAUAGGGGGCAGUAGAUACCUAAACCUUUGCAAGCAAGCAGUACUUUUGUGCUGAAGUAAGACAUUUACCAAUAUAUAUGUUAUAUGUUAUAUAUAUUUUUCAACAACUGGGCAUCAUUUUAUUUAUUUUCAACAACAUUUUGAUGGAUAUUUCCAGAAAUUUAUGGCAAAAACUACACAUUGUCACUUUAAGGCAUUUCACUUCAUUUGACUGAAAUUCAUGUCUAGUAGUUUAUCCCCCUUUUUUGUUGAUGCAUUAAAAAACUUUAUGGAUGUAACAAAUGUUGUUAAUGGUAAAUAAAAUUAAAACAUCAUU